AUGACAUAUGGUUAUGGACCCACGGUGGAAUUAGCUGCCACCGCGAAUUCCCAUGUCAACAGAGUUGAGAACCGAGCCGAGGAAGCCUCUAAUUCAUGGGGGUCAAGCUCUCUUCAGAGCCCUCUGAUGGGAGGCAGUGCCGAUCAACCCCAUCGUGCAGCUAUUCAAGAUACCUCAACAAGAUCCGCGGACGAAAUUAACGGGGACAUAAAUACCAGUAUGACAGCCCCUUCCUUUUCGCCAGUCCACUUAGACGAGGGCAAAGGACCGGUCAACGACGUCCAAACCGCAGAACACAGAGGAAUGCUUAACAAGGAUCACUGCAUCAUAAUUCAGGGCCUGCCAGAGUCCACCGCCAGUGCCCCCAGGGAACGAGUCGCUGCUGACUUAGAGCAAUUCCAGAAACUCCUAAAUGAAAUGCUGCAACCAACAGAAGAUGUCACAGUCGUAAAGGCGUUUCGUCUUGGUAGCCGUACAACCGCCGCUCCACAGACACGACCAAGACCCCUGAAACAUGUCCUAGGUAGCAAUGAGCAGGCGAAACUAAUCCUUUCCAGACGUUUUCGACUGAAAAAUUCCCAUAAAGGAGUGUUUUUUCAGCCGGACUACUCACUUGCCGAGAGAAUGAAACGCCGCGAACUUGUCCUAGAAUUGAGAACAUGACAAACCAACGGAGAAAAAGGCUUGACAAUCUACAACGACCGGAUAGUCAAACGACAUUCCGCCCCCCUCUGGAUCAAGCCGAUCCGAAUGACCGCACAGGUAGCACGGUAGCUUGUGUCGGGGUUGAUAAAAAAUUACGCAUGAACUCGAAACUCAUAUUCAUGUAUACCAACGCGCAAAGUGUACUUUCUAAACUGGAUGAACUUCGUAUCCUUACCCAUGACCUCCACACAGACGUUAUCUCAAUAACAGAAACAGAACAGAUUGAUGAUAGACAACUCAUGCUCCUUGGAUUUCAACUGUUCCGCAGAGACAGACAAAACAGGAGCGGUGGAGGCAUAGUAACAUUUGUUAAAAAUGGCUUAUACGUUUCAGAAAAACUGCUCAAUUAACUUGCAGUACGGAAGCGUUGUGGCUGACCAUAAGGGCACCGGGCUCUCAAAGCCUCGAUAUCUUGACAGUAUAUCGCCCCCCGAGAAAUGACCCUGAAGCUGAUGCCCAACUGCUGGAGGAGCUUAGGCUAUUUUCAAUGCGACCGGCUACUCUCAUCGUCGGUGAUUUUAAUGCACCUCACAUAAACUGGAGCUCGGCCUCAGCCGACUGCUCUGAAGCAGCAUUCGACCAGCAGUUAGUGCGUACCUCCGACAGUCUGCUUCUAACCCAACACGUAAUGUUUCCAACGAGAGUUCGAGAGGGCCAGCAAAUGAAUUGCCUUGAUCUGGUGUUCACCAAGUCCUCUGACAAUAUCGACGUUGUUAAUUGCCUCCCCCCGUUGGGUCAGAGUGACCAUGUAGUUCUCAUGUGGGAAUACACCUUAUUCUCCCUGCCUGCACAACCGCUCGAUUCCCGACCCAAUAUCUGGCGCGGAGAUUUCGAACAGAUGAGAAGGGAUCUAAGUCCUAUCGACUGGGCAUCCACUCUAUCCGGCGAUGUCGAAGAGGUUUGGUGUCAGUUCAAAGAGAUAGUCCACAACCUCAUCUCCAACCAUUGCCCAGUCAUGCACAGAAGACUAACAAAUAGACCCCGCUGGCUGACUCCGUCCUUAAAGAAGGAGGUUAACAAGAAGAGGAAGCUGUGGAAAAGAUCCCUGACUGACCGGACGCCAAAAUCCCUAAGCAGUUAUAAGUCUCAGAGAAAUCGGGUCAAAGUUCUCAUCGCUAGAGAUCGGAAAGCCUUUGAAAAGGAUCUUCUCAACCGUGCCAGGGUUAAUCCCAAAGUCCUCUACAGCUACAUAAGACAGAGCACGCGGAACAAAGACCCCAUCCCACUGCUGCGAACAGCCGAGGGAAUGGAAAUCUCCGAUGACAAGGAUAAGGCUGAACACCUCUCUCAGUUUUUCCGGUCCGUCGUGACAAGUGAACCUGAUUUUCUCUCCCCCAUGUGUGAAGACGAAGAAAAGCCUACCCUUGAAGCCGUAUUCUUCACCGAAGCAACUGUUCGGAACGAGUUACUUAAUCUGAAAGAAUCGAACUCCCCAGGCCCUGAUGCAAUCCCCGCCAAGCUGCUGAAGGAGCUAGCUCCCAAAAUGUCCAAGCCAUAA